AUGGCAUCUGUGAUAGAGAAUUUGAGAAAGAUCACAUCUACUACAGUAGUGGAGACGACUACACCCUCUAUUUGUCCUCCUGGAUUCUUCGGGAACAUUCCGCACCCGUACCUCUGUAAUUCAUACUUCAUGUGCGUCAAUGGAAUAGCUAUACAACUCUUCUGCGGCGAAGGAUAUGAAUUUGAUCCGGCCAAUGAGAUUUGCGUCGUCAUAGCUGAAGGAGGCUGCACGUUAGGGACAAAACCUCCAACACAUACUACCCCUGAGAAUACUACUACAGACUACUCUACUACGGCGCUGCCUACUACAGUUACAGAUGGAUCUACAUAUCUGACUACUGACAGUUCUACGACAGUAACUACAAAUUCUUCUACUGAGGAUGCAAGUACUACUGAAGCUACUACUGAACUGCCUACCUCGGUCACUACGGAAAGUUCUACUACACUAGCUACUGAAGGUACCAGUACAACCGAUCUUACCACUGCCAGCACCACUGAAGACUCUACCACACUAACUACUGAGGGAACUUUCACUACUGAAAUAUCUUCCACACCAACAACCCUCGUCCCCUCAACUCCAGAGAUCACAUCUACUACAGAAGCGGAGACGACCACGCCCUCUAUUUGUCCUCCUGGAUUCUUCGGGAACCUUCCGCAUCCGACUCUCUGUAAUUCGUACUUUAUGUGCAUCAAUGGCGUCGCGAUACAAGUCUUCUGUGCUGAAGGAUACGAGUUCGAUCCUGCUACCGAGACUUGCGUCAUCAUAGCUGAAGGAGGAUGCACGUUGGGAACCAGGCCGCCAACACAUACUACUCCAGAGUAUACAACUAUCGACUCAUCUACUACUGCAGCGCCUUCCACAGUCACAGAUGAAACCACAUAUCUUACUACAGACGGAAUCACCACAACAUCUCCUGAAAGUCCUACGACUACUGAUCUGCCAACCUCAGUAACAACAGAAGAAACAACUACAUUAACUACUUCUGAGGACACAACAACGGAAUUGCCUACUACUGCGCCUCCUGUAACAGUCACAGAUGAAUCUACGUAUCCUACUACAGACGCCACAGACGCUUCUUCUACUACUGAGUUGCCUACUACAAUAACUACUGAAGGAACCAUUACCACUGAAGUAUCUUCCACGUUAACAACAGUACCCUCAACUCCAGAGAUCACAUCUACUACAGUAGCGGAGACGACUACGCCCUCGAUUUGUCCUCCUGGAUUCUUCGGGAACAUUCCGCAUCCGUAUCUCUGUAAUUCAUACUUCAUGUGCGUCAACGGAAUAGCUAUACAACUCUUCUGCGGCGAAGGAUAUGAAUUUGAUCCGGCCAAUGAGAUUUGCGUCGUCAUAGCUGAAGGAGGCUGCACGAUAGGGACAAGACCUCCAACACAUACUACCCCUGAGUAUACUACUACAGACCACUCUACCACUGCGCUGCCUACUACAGUUACAGAUGGAUCUACAUAUCUGACUACUGACAGUUCUACGACAGUAACUACAGAUUCUUCUACUGAGGAUGCAAGUACUACUGAAGCUACUACUGAACUGCCUACCUCGGUCACUACGGAAAGUUCUACUACACUAGUUACUGAAGGUACUAGUACAACUGAACUACCCACAGUAACUACCGAGGGAACUUUCACUACUGAAAUAUCUUCCACACCAACAACCCUCGUCCCCUCAACUCCAGAGAUCACAUCUACUACAGAAGCGGAGACGACUACACCCUCGAUUUGUCCUCCUGGAUUCGUCGGGAACCUUCCGCAUCCGACUCUCUGUAAUUCGUACUUUAUGUGUAUCAAUGGCGUCGCGAUACAAGUCUUCUGCGCUGAAGGAUACGAGUUCGAUCCUGCUACCGAGACUUGCGUCAUCAUAGCUGAAGGAGGAUGCACGUUGGGAACCAGGCCGCCAACACAUACUACUCCAGAGUAUACAACUAUAGACUCAUCUACUACUGCAGCGCCUUCCACAGUCACAGAUGAAACCACAUAUCUUACUACAGACGGAAUUACCACAUCUCCUCAAAGUCCUACAACUACUGAUCUGCCAACUUCAGUAACAACAGAAGGAACAACCACAUUAACUACUUCUGAGGAUACAACAUCGGAAUUGCCUACUACUGCGCCUCCUGUAACAGUCACAGAUGAAUCUACGUAUCCUACUACAGAUGCCACAGACGAUUCUACUACUACUGAGUUGCCUACUACAGUAACUGCUGAGGGAACCAUUACCACUGAAGUAUCUUCCACGUUAACAACAGUCCCCUCAACUCCAGAGAUCACAUCUACUACAGAAGCGGAGACGACUACACCCUCUAUUUGUCCUCCUGGGUUCGUCGGGAACCUUCCGCAUCCGACUCUCUGUAAUUCGUACUUUAUGUGCAUCAGUGGCGUCGCGAUACAAGUCUUCUGCGCUGAAGGAUACGAGUUCGAUCCUGCUACCGAGACUUGCAUCAUCAUAGCUGAAGGAGGAUGCACGUUGGGAACCAGGCCGCCAACACAUACUACUCCAGAGUAUACAACUAUAGACUCAUCUACUACUGCAGCCACUACCACAGUCACAGAUGAAUCCACACAUCUCACCACGGAUGACUCUACAACAGUAACUGCUGAAGUCACUACAGCAGUACCAAGUACGAUUUCGACUGACGGGUCUACUAUAGUACCUACCGAGGGGAUUAGUACUACUGAUGAGUCUACCGUAGCAACUACUGAGGGCAUUAGUACUACUGACCUAACUACGGCAAUGCCAACUACUGAAGGAACUGUCACCGCUGAAGUGUCUUCCACACCAACAACCCUUGUUCCCUCAACUCCAGAGAUCACAUCUACUACAGAAGCGGAGACGACUACACCCUCUAUUUGUCCUCCUGGAUUCUUCGGGAACCUUCCGCAUCCGUAUCUCUGUAAUUCGUACUUUAUGUGUCUCAAUGGCGUGGCUAUACAAGUCUUCUGCGCUGAAGGAUUUGAGUUCGACCCUGCUAGUGAGGCUUGCGUGAUUAUAGCUGAAGGAGGUUGCACAUUAGGAACAAGACCUCCAACAGAUACUACUCCUGGGUAUACAGCUACAGACUCAUCUACCACUGCAUCACCAACAGCCACAGAUGAAUCUACUCACAUUACUACUGAUGGUCUAACUACAGUAACUACUGAAGGAAUGAGUACUACUGAAAUCAAUACCGACCAAUCUACUACUAUAACGACAGCGGAAUCUACCGCUGCAACUACAGGUGACACCACUGAAUAUUCUACGACACUAGCUACCGAGGACACAAGUACUACUGAACAGCCCACCUUUGUCACUACUGACGAUCCUAAUACAGUGACUACUGAAGCUAGUACUGACGCGCGCACUUCAGUCACUAGUGACUCUACAACCACUAUAACGACUGAAGAUAUAAGUACUACUCAAAUACCAACUUCAAUAACAACUGAAGAUUAUACUGAAGUCACUACGGAAAGUUUGAGUACAACUGACUUAGUCACUUCGACUACUGCAGAAGAUCCGACUACAUUAACUACAGAGGGUACGAGUACCACUGAAGUAUCUUCCACAAUAACAACUAUACUUCCAUCAACCCCAGAAGUGACAUCUACUACAGAAGCGGAGACGACCACGCCCUCUAUUUGUCCUCCUGGAUUCUUCGGGAACAUUCCGCAUCCGACUCUCUGUAAUUCAUACUUCAUGUGCGUCAACGGAAUAGCUAUACAACUCUUCUGCGGCGAAGGAUAUGAAUUUGAUCCGGCCAAUGAGGUCUGCGUCGUCAUAGCUGAAGGAGGCUGCACGUUAGGGACAAGACCUCCAACACACUCUACACCUGGGUACACAACUACAGAUUCGUCUCCAACUGUAGCACCUUCUACAGUCACAGAUGAAUCCACACAUUUCACUACAGAUGGCUCUACAACAGUAACUGCUGAAGUCACUACAGCAGUACCAACUACAAUCUCGACUGAUGAGUCUACCAUAGCACCUACCGAGGGGAUUAGUACUACUGAUGAGUCUAGCAUAGCAACUACUGAGGGCAUUAGUACUACUGAACUAAUUACAGCAGUGCCAACUACUGAAGGAACUGUCACCACUGAAGUAUCUUCCACAAUAACAACCCUCGUCCCCUCUACCCCAGAAGUGACAUCUACUACAGAAGCGGAGACGACUACACCCUCUAUUUGUCCUCCUGGAUUCUUCGGGAACAUUCCGCACCCGUAUCUCUGUAAUUCAUACUUCAUGUGCGUCAACGGAAUAGCUAUACAGCUCUUCUGCGGCGAAGGAUAUGAGUUUGAUCCUCCUACAGAGAAUUGCGUCAUAAUCGCUGAGGGAGGUUGCACAUUGGGUACAACACCCCCGAUAGACACCACUCCUUCCUAUAUAACUACUACGCUUAGCCCUACCGACGGCUCUACCGUAGUGACUACUGAACGAACAACUAACACUGAAGUACCAACUUCAAUGACUACGAAUGACGCUACUACAAUGACUACCGAAGUCACCUCCGCCACUUCUGAGACAACUACUGACAUUUCUUCUACUGUCGAUAGUGUGGCUACGACCACUGAAGCGGAGACCACAAGGCCACCGAUUUGUUCUCCAGGUUUCUUCGGACAAAUCCCUCAUCCAGAACUCUGUAAUUCCUUCUUCAUGUGCAUGGGAGGGCCACAUGCGAUACAGCUGUUCUGUUCUGAAGGUUUUGAAUUUGAUCCAAUACAAGAGACAUGCGUCAUCAUAGCCGAAGGAGGAUGUACCCUCGGACCAGUUCCAAAUCCUACCACCACUCAAAGUCCUAACACAGCCACUACUGAAACGCCUACACAUACUGAAAGUAGCACAACUACUGCGGCUACCACGCAAUUUUACUCCACAACAGAAGACGAUAAAUCCACCACAGAGCUUACUGCCACAACUGCGGAUGAUGCAACUUCUGAAGCUACUUCUGAAUCGACUACUUCGACUAGUCUAGAAACAGAAGCUACAACUGUUGCAGCCACUGAUGCUCCCAGUACUGGUACAACCGUAGCAGCGACUACUGAAGUUGUCGAGACAACCACAGCCGGGUCGGGGACGACAGUACCGGCGAUCUGUCCGCCCGGUUUCUUUGGAUACGUACCGCACCCGGAGAUGUGCGACUCGUAUUUCCUGUGCACGUUUGGAACUGCCGUGCAACUGUUCUGUUUGGAGGGCUACGAGUUCGACCCCGCGUCCGAGCAAUGCGUGGUCAUAGCUGAGGGAGGAUGUACUCUUGGUGGCACUUCAAAACCACCAGCGCUACCAACGGACCCAGCAUCAACCGAAACGACAACAACUGACAUAACUACUACACCAACACCUUCUAUAACUACUGAAGAUGGUGAUGCUACUACUUCAGAAGCCCCUAUUGCUACUGAUAUAGUAUCCACAUCAACUGAACAUACCGAUUCGACUCCUACCACCGUUACAACAACGGAAAUACCAACCCCGAAUCCUACAACAGCAUCAGAUGAAACAGCCUCUACUGCUGAAGUGACGACUGACGAAGCUUCAACUGAUAAGCCCAUUAGUACAACUUCGAUUUCGACUGAAGAUGGAACCGCGAGUUCGGAAACCAGCGCUGCAACUUCGGUAACAAGUGGCGAUUACGAAACUUCGACUGCAACUGUCGAAACUACCACUCAGUCGAUGUGUCCGCCCGGCUUCGUCGGUACUUUACCGCACCCGGAUAUAUGUUACAGCUAUUUCUUGUGUGUUUCCGGACAACCGGUUCAGCUCUUCUGUUUGGAGGGAUACGAAUACGACCCGAUUUCGAUGGGAUGUGUGAUCAUCGCUGAAGGUGGUUGCACCUUGGGCCCGGCAACCAGCCCGACAGAGGUGACAGACGAUGGUUCCAGCACUGAACAAACAUUCACGACAACUGAACGCACAACCAGUCACACUACGACGACUGAUGACACUGCCACACCAGAAGCCAGUACCACAACUGAUGUUACUUCGCCAACGAUGGAACAGACGGACGCCACCACACAUGCACCAACCGAAACUGGUGCUACAGACGCUGCAACCGAUGCUCCAACCACAGCAUUAACUUCUGAGGAAACGGAUUUAACCACAGAAGCGACUGCAGCCGAAACUUCUGCAACGACUUCUGCUCCGCCCGCCAUGUGCCCGCCGGACUUCUUCGGCAACAUACCGCACCCGGAGCUGUGCAAUUCGUUCUUCAUGUGCGCUGCUGGGAACGCGAUCCAACUGUUCUGCGGCGAAGGACAUGAAUUUGAUCCGGCACUAGAUACUUGCGUGGUGAUAGCUGAAGGAGGUUGCACUCUAGGACCAGCCACGUCUCCUACAACUUACCUUCCUACUGUCACACCGACGACCACAGAUCCUCCAGCAGAAACCCAAACAACAGAACCCAUACCGACAACAAACUACCCAUCUACUUCUGAAACCCAAGAAUCAACAGUCAUCGCUUCUACCACAGUCGGUUCCAACACCGACUCGACUUCAAUAACCGAUGGCCAAACAGACUCACAGACCACAGAGUCUGGUUCGAAUACAGAGUCGCAACCGACGACUUCUGGAGUUACAUCGACAACCGAAGCGUCAACAACCACGGUUGCCAUGGAAAUCGAACCACCGGCUCUGUGCCCACCGGAUUUCUUCGGAACUAAACCCCAUCCGGUUAUUUGCUACUCUUUCUACAUGUGCACGGCCGGCACCGCCCUCCAGCUCUUCUGCAGCGAAGGCUACGAGUACUCCACCCAAGUAGAGACGUGCGUAAGAAUAGCACCUGGUGGUUGCACGUUGGGACCGAUAGUUGAGACUACGACAAACGCGGCGACCAGCACUACUUCAGAAACCGACGCUUCGAAUUCACCAACAACUUCGGUUCCCGCAACCGAAGCGGACACAACCACCGCGCAACCUACCACCGAUGAAACCACUUCUCGGACUUCAGAGGCUGCUACGUCUACUGAAGCGUCUGCGGCCACAGAAGCGCCGCCAAUCUGUCCGCCUGGCUUCGUGGGUACCCUGCCGCAUCCGGACCUCUGCAAUUCUUUCAUCAUGUGCGCUGGCGGUGUCCCCUUGCAGUUGUUCUGUAGUGAAGGGUUCGAAUAUGACCCCGCCGCUGAGACCUGCGCGAAAAUAUCCGAAGGAGGAUGUACUCUAGGACAGAGCACAACACCUGCCACAGACACGACGUCCCAACACACAACCGCGGACACACAGACAACUUCAGAUAUCACCAGUCCGACCACGGAGUCCCCUUCUCAUGAUAUCACCACUGAAACUAUAACAGGCACCACUAAUAUUGAUGAUGACGGCUCAACCACUGAAGCUGGUACAGAUACCACCCAUAACGAUGGUACAACUUCCGAUGGUAUCACAACAGAAGCUACCGGUGCCACGAUUUUCGAACCUACCACUUCGGCUAGUUUCACAACAGAAACUACGGGUUCUGAUACAACGGAUUCGUCUGCAACUACAGAAGUAGCUGCUACGACUAUAGAUUCAAUUAGUGAUGGGACAUCAACUACUGAAGCUGUCACAACUACAACAGUUAGGGUUGAGACCACCACGCCGUCGUUGUGUCCGCCCAACUGGCUUGGGAAUCUGCCGCAUCCGGAUCGGUGCGAUGGGUUCAUCAUGUGCGUGAAUGGAAUCGCAUUACCACUGUUCUGCAGCUCAGGGUUCGAAUACGACCCUCCUUCUGAUUCGUGCGUGAAGAUAGCCGAAGGUGGCUGUACUUUAGGACCAAUCACAACCACUGUGCAAUCAGAUACAACUGCAAGUCCUUCAGAAGAAAUAACAAUUCCUGAUAGUAUCUCUACCACUACCGUAGAAGCCGCUGCUACGACUCCAACAUCAGACCCAGCUGAUUCUACUACAGAAGCAGCCGACUCAACUACCGAUUCCGCGGUCACUACCGAACCAGUAACGUCUGGUAGUACAGGAAUUUAUGAAGCAACAACUUCUGACGGCAACAGACCGACCAGAGACUCUUCUGAUGAAGCAACCACUGACAUUGAAACUACAGAAGCAGGCACACAGCCAACUGAAACUGCGACUUCAGAAGUAACGAGCACGACUUCUGGAAACUUCGAGACAACCCCACGCUCGAUCUGUCCCCCGGGCUGGGUGGGCAAUGUGCCCGCUCCGGACCGGUGCGACGCCUUCUAUAUGUGCACCAGCGGGAUCGCCAUCCGGCUGUACUGUAGUGAGGGAUACGAGUUCGACCCAGCUUCAGACAACUGCGUCCGAAUAACCGAGGGCGGCUGCACGUUAGGACCAACUACAACCAAACUCCCCGACCUGACAACUCCAGACACCGCACAAACGACUGUCGACACUAAAACAACUGAACAAAGUCCAGAAUCGACCACUGUCUCUAAAGCGACCACUCAAGCUAAUGAUGAAGAAUCAAGGCCAAGUCAAACCGGACACACAACAACAAAUACGGGAGCUACUUCUGAAACAACAACUUCUGGUGAAGCCGUCACUUCCGAAACAACACAUGCCACUACCUCGGAAGGGGCAGAGGCGACUGGGACCACACAGCGCGAGGAGACCACGACGCCGGCCAUCUGUCCGCCAGGGUUCAUAGGGAACGUGGCCAGUAUUGAGGACUGCAACAAGUUCUACAUGUGCACCCUCGGCAUCGCCAUCCCGCUGUACUGCAGCCAGGGAUACGAGUUUAGCCCUGGACUCGAUACCUGCGUCCGAAUAGCCGAGGGCGGUUGCACGUUAGGACCAACUACAACCAAACUGCCCGACCUCACAACUUCAGACACCGCACAAACGACUGUCGACGCUAAAACAACCGAACAGAGUCCAGAAUCGACCACUGUCUCUCAAGUGACCACCUCGGAAGGAACAGAGGCGACUUGGACCACACAGCGCGAGGAGACCACGACGCCGGCCAUCUGUCCGCCUGGGUUCAUAGGGAACGUGGCCAGUGCUGAGGACUGCAACAAGUUCUACAUGUGCACCCUCGGCAUCGCCAUCCCGCUGUACUGCGGCCAGGGAUACGAGUACAGCCCUGGACUCGAUACUUGCGUACCCGUGUCUGUGGGAGGCUGCAGCUUGGGACCGACCGCCAGAGCCCACGCGUCCGACCCGCCUUCUGAGACAGGGUCGGCUGCAGUGGUCCCCAUCGGGGGGUCAGCGCCGAUGCCGACCUGUCCCCCCGGAUUUUCGGGGAACUUGCCGAGUCCCAGUCGCUGCAAUGAGUUUUUCUUUUGCACCAACGGCGUAGCGGUGCCGCUGCUCUGCGAGACGGACCACGAGUUUGACCCCGUGACUGAUAAAUGCGUGCAAAUGGCCGCCAAUGGAUGCAACGCCAAACGAACUAAGGCUAUGCUAAACUGA